GCGCGCGCAGAGCUUGUCAGCGCCGGCGCGGGAACGGUCGCGGCAGCCGCCCCCCGACCCCCCGCCCGAGGACGCAGCCCGGCGCCACAGCACCCCGCCGCUGCGCUCGAUAUGGCCUGCCGGCCGCGAAGCCCCUCCGGCUGCGGGAGCCGCCGCGACGGCGACGCCAGCCCGCCGCCCCCCGCGAGGUGGAGCCUCGGACGGAAGCGCAGAGCCGACGGGAGGCGCAGGAAGCCCGAGGACGCCGAGGGCCCCGCGAAGCCGCCGGGCGACUGCAGACCCGACAGUUUUACCACUCCCGAGGGCCCCAAACCCCGUUCUAGAUGUUCAGACUGGGCAAGUGCAGUCGAAGAGGAUGAGAUGAGAACCAGAGUUAACAAGGAAAUUGCAAGAUAUAAAAGAAAACUCCUCAUAAAUGACUUUGGGAGAGAGAGAAAGUCCUCGUCGGGAAGUUCUGAUUCGAAGGAGUCGGGGUCCGCAGCACCAGCUGACUUAGAGACAGAUGAAAGCGUGCUCAUGAGAAGGCAGAAACAGAUCAACUACGGAAAGAAUACCAUCGCCUAUGACCGCUAUAUUAAAGAAGUCCCAAGACACCUUCGCCAACCUGGCAUCCAUCCCAAGACCCCCAACAAGUUCAAGAAGUAUAGUCGGCGAUCGUGGGACCAGCAGAUCAAACUCUGGAAGGUGGCGCUGCAUUUUUGGGAUCCUCCACCUGAAGAAGGAUGUGAUCUGCAAGAAAUACAUCCUGUGGACCUCGGGGAAAUGGAGACUGAAUCCGCAGAAAGCAGCUCUGAAUCCCAGACAAGCUCUCAGGAUAACUUUCUUGGGCAGGUCCAAAUGGCUCUCCCUCAGGCGAGGAGCAGGGGGCCGGUGAAGGACAGCGGGUGAUAAACGUCCCAGCCUCCGUAGAGGCCGACGGGCGCCCACGAGGAGCUCAGAGUGCUGGGCCCUGCCCACACUCAGCCCUCCUAUCUGACCAGGUGAGUACCGGGAGGAGGCUGGGCUCGGGGUGCCUCGUGGGUGGCACUGCCAGCUGGGCAGGGGCCCGAGGUUUUGGGGCCCCGGCCCCACCUCUUCUGGCCCCUGGGAAGCGGGAGGGCAGUGGAGAAGGAGGGGCAGCAUCCCAUCGAGGCUCCAUGAGGCACCACCCUGCCCGCAGCUCCCUAACGGCCUCCUCACCCAGCUACACCCCCCUCCCCCCACACCAGGUUCAAGGGCCUCCCUGUGUCCCUGUCCACCUGUCCGGGGGCUAUCCCAACUCCCCCUGGCAGACUGGCCACACCCAAGCCUAUGGUGCUCAGAGGUUUGGAACCUUUCAAGGAACACUGGGCCUUUACUGAGGACCGACUGUGUGUCACUCUGAGGCCAGGGCCCUGCUGGGGUAUUGGUGGGUUCCGACCUUGCACUCUCCAGUGUCCCCUGACCCUGCCCUCCAGGCACUCUGCGGGGAGGGGGCCGGGACCCCGGAUGCCGCAGCACCACACAAUUCAGGGUAGGAAGGGUGGGGGCACUGGGGAUUCUGGGAUUUUGUUCUUCGGGUGCAGGGAGGGUGUCAGGGGGGUGCUUGGUGGGACUCAGUCUCCCGUGGCAUGGGGAGUGGCGUCGGGCUCACUGAGGUCCUGCUGUGAGCAAACCAGGCGUCGGGAGAAUACCAGGAGGCACCGGGAGACCACACUGGAGAUUUAGAGGCGGUCAGUUUCAGUGGAUGGCACAUUGUGGUCACGGUAGAAGUCUCCUUAGUUCUUAGAACUGUUCCCCGAGGCACAGGCAGAUGCAACCAGGUGUGUGUGGGGGAGGGCACUGCAGGUAGCCUGGGCCGGGGCCGGGCCCGACAGACCAGCUGCUGGCACUGAUCCUGUCCCAGGGCGUGGGGACACGCAGGGACACUACUGCUGUCUAGCUAUUAACAUUUCCACAAUAAUGCAGAGCGGAACCAGAAGACCCCACGUCACACCCUGGGGGAGACAGCCCUCCGAAAAGCGGGUCCAUGGGCCUUGGCGAGGGUGUGGGGAAACUGGGAGCCUGUGCUCUGUCGGUGGGGACGUAAACUGGUGUAGCCGCCAUGGAAAACAAUGUGGCGGGUCCCCACAAAAUCAAACAGAGAGUCUCCCUGCCAUCCAGCAAGCCCACGCCUGCCUCCCCCUGCCAUCCAGCAAGCCCACGCCCGCCUCCCCCUGCCAUCCAGCAAGCCCACACCUGCCUCCCCCUGCCAUCCAGGAAGCCCACAUCUGCCUCCCCCUGCCAUCCAGCAAGCCCACGCCCGCCUCCCCCUGCCAUCCAGCAAGCCCACGCCCGCCUCCCCCUGCCAUCCAGCAAGCCCACGCCCGCCUCCCCCUGCCAUCCAGCAAGCCCACGCCCACCUCCCCCUGCCAUCCAGUAAGCCCACGUCUGGCCCAGGUGUGCACCCAGAAGAACUGAGAGCAGGGUCUCCAAGAGGUGCGUGCACCCCACGUUCACAGCAGCACUGUUCACAUCAGCUAAGACGAGCAAGAACCCAGAGUCCGUCGACAGACGCGCGGGUGAGAAAACGUGGUCCAUCCACACGGCGGAAUGUUCCUCGGCCUCGAACGGGAAGGACGUCCUGCCGCCUGCCGCCACACGGAUGGACCUGGAGGACAUUGUGCUCCGUGAAAUAAGCCGGUCGCGAGGGGACAAGCACCGGAUGAUUCCACUUACAGGAGGCCUGUGGAUCUGCGUCCUGCAGAUCAUAGAGACAGACAGUGGAUGGUGGGGGUCAGAGGCUGGGGGCGGGGGAGAUGGGGAGCUAGUGUUUCAUGGAGCAGAGUGUCCCCUGGGAAGAUGAGAGAGUUCUGGAGGUGGAGGCUGGGGAUGUUCACCGCUGCGAAGGUGCCCAAUGCCACGGAGCUGCCCACGUGAAAGCGGUUACAGUGGUGAAAUAUAUAUAAUAUAUUAAACACAAUUAAGAAAUAAUAAUGAAAUACACCAGAAACCAAUGGA